UCUAAGCCGUCAGCCAUCUGCCGCAGUCAGUUAGCUAGCUAGAUCCAGCGGGAAUGGAAAAUGGAGGACUGACCGAAGAGCGAGGGCAUAUUAUCGGUAUUUCGAGCGUGUAGAUCCUUUCGCCUUGUACCAAGACCGAUGAUUACUGGUGCAAGGGCUUUGUUUUGUUUGAAAAACAACUGUUGCUUAUCACUGCUACAGACUAUCUGUUUGAAAGUAGUGAUUGACUCCAUCAUCUAUGGAGGAGAAUGCAAGCCUUGAGCUCUCUCUAGCUCCUGAGCCAGAGCAGAGCCAGGACCCUAUGGAUACCUGCUCUCAAGGGUUUGGAGAAGGGACGAGAGAGCAGAUUCCAACAGAAAGCGAGAAUGUGGCCAAAGAGACAUUAGAGGAGCCCGAUAACAAAUCCUCCAAGGCCAACAGUGAAGUAAAGAAGACUUGGUGUUUCCGACGGUCUACUGUUGCAAAGCGAGAGAUGCCAGUGGAGGCAGCAACCGACAGCCAUGAUAACCGCUGUCCCGUACGUCGGAGUGGCAGGCAGCCGAAGCGCACUGACAAACUAGAGGAAUUCCUCUCGACUGCCAAAAGAGGGCAAAGGAAGAGUGCCCCUCCCAGUCUGGAAAGCGGAGAUCCUCCUUCCCAAACCCCAACUGAUGCAGAGACUGCCUCGGAGGCCAGCUUUGACGGUAACGCUGACGCCAGGGCUGCAGAGGACAAGGCCGAGUCCCCAGAGAGGAGGACGAGAAGUGGCACGAGGAAGCAGGUCCAAAGGAAAAGUCGAGGCGGCAGACCGACCCGGGGAGGAGGCGGUGGAGCGGAAGUCAAAAAUGAGGGGAGCUCUGAGAAUGAGGAGGACAGCCGAGAUGCUGCUAAGAAAGACCAGUUAGCGGAUAAAGAUGUGGAGAAAAAAGACGAAGAGAGUUCUCCCAGUCCAGAAGAUUUAGGGAGCACCAAUACAGAACCGCCUCAGCCAGAGCAGGACUCUGAAAGGAAAGGGGAUGUUGAGAAGAGCGAACACGCAGAUGAAAAUGACAAAGUGGAAACAGAGGAGAGUGACUAUGAUGAGACUGACGAGGAAAGCACUGACAAGCCUGCAGCAGUGUUGGUCAAACGUGGGCCAAUAAGAACAUACGUCAAUAAAAAGAAGGCCGCCAAUAAGAGCACUACCCCCAUUAAAGGCCCCGCCGCUGCUGCUAACGCCGCCGCUGCUAACACUGCCGCCACUUCUGCUAACACUGCCGCCGCCGCCACUGCUAACACUGCCACCGCUACUGCUGCAAACAAAAUCACUCCUCUAGUCAAGAGAGACGCCAUGCCUAAAGCUACCCAAGCUGCUGGAUUGGCACACAAGCCUCAGACACAAGAAGACAACGAUGAUGAGAAUGACUCCUCCACAUCUUCUUCAUCCUCCUCCUCAUCGUCGUCCAUCGAUUCGGACGAGGGGGGUUAUGACCCCAAUGCCCUUUACUGCAUCUGUCGCCAGAAACACAACAAAAGGUUCAUGAUCUGCUGCGACCGCUGCGAGGAGUGGUUUCACGGAGACUGCGUGGGCAUCACAGAGGCUCGCGGGCGCCUGAUGGAGAGAAAUGGUGAAGACUACAUCUGCCCUAAUUGCACCGCCAAGAAAAACCAGGUGGUCAGACCCGCCACGUCCAUCCUAUCAAUGAGCACAGAUAUCGGGAAGCUCAAAGCAACGACUUCGGCGCUCUCUUUUUACGCUGGGACCUCUGCAGAGAAAACGAACACUGGCGGGGUAGACGUCGGUCUGUCGGCUUUCCAGGCUGUGGCGGCCUCGCCGUCCUCCACGGCUGGAACCGAAGAGAAGGGAGCCGAGGACCUGGGCAUCAAAGGCAGGAUAGAGAAAGCUACGAAUCCAACUGGGAAAAAGAAGAUAAAGAUCUUUCAGCCGCAGGCCCUACAGCAGCCAGCCCAGCCAAAAGCAGACCAGAAAUCAGCUCCGACCGCGGACAAGAAGCCGGCAGAGCCCAAAGCGCCGGCGGACACGGAGGAGAAAGUGGCGUCGAACGUGGAGGUGAAAACGACGCCGACGGCGGAGGCGCCGAAGGAGAAGACUAGCGAGGACUCCUCGCUCCCCAAGUGCAUCGGGCCCGGCUGUGAGAAUAACGCCCAGCCGGACUCGGUCUACUGUGGCAACGGCUGCAUCCUGAGACACGCGGCUGCAGCCAUGAAGUCCAUCACUGACGUCAAAGAGCCCAAGCAGAAGGACGCGGCUCAGAGAACCAAGUCCGCGCCAAAGAGGAGAGUAACUGGUGGGAGGAAGACGCAGAAGAAAGCCCAGCAGGAGUCGGACAGCGAGGAAGACCACAGCGCUGAUCCAGAUGAUUAUGAUGACGAUGAGGAAGAGGAUGACGACGAUGAAAUGGAGGAUGACUGCGACGACGAGAAUGCCGAGGAACACCCGCCCCCGCCGGCCACUGCGUCCUGGUCCAGCGACCAUAAUUACAUUGCAGUAACACCAGAAAAGACUACACCCAUAUCACCAACAGUGUUAAACAAAAAGUCCCCCCCGAAAGAAGAGAAGCCGAGUGAGAAGGAGAAGGUCCCGGUCCCGGCUGCUGAGACUCCUCCACUGGCGUCCGCAGCGCCGGUCAAAGGAAACAAGAAGUCCCCGGCCACGAAAGCAGCAAAGGUCACCCCGAAGGGCAAGAAGCCGUCCCCUCAGACCGCCAGCUCGAAGGUGUCCAGGAAACCCGCGGCACCCCCGAGUAAAACAGCGGCCAAGUCCAAGAAACAAGGCCAGGCGGCGGCCCACGCUCCGUCUCGCUUCCCUUCUGGUCCGAUCCACGUCACGGGAGCGCUGAGAGUCACCAAGUCCAACUUUACCAUUCCCAAGAAGGCUCCUCAACAAAAGGAGGUUCCAUCCUCGGGCAAGUCCUCCUCAUCCUCCAGAGUCCCGUCCACUCCGGUUCCUACCGCUCCCUCCAGCCACUCCUCGUCCUCCAGGCCCCCACAUUCGGCGCCUUCGGCCACUCCGGCGUCCCUGGUGCCGCCGCUGCCGCCCAACAACCAGAUGAGGACGAACAUCCGCCGCUCGCUGACAGACAUCAUCUACAAGAGGGUGAACGACAGUGACGAUCUGAAAAAGACUGAGACUGAGGUGGCGAGGUUGUCGGUCGCCAUUGAGAAGGAAAUGUUCAACCUCUGUCUUAACACCGACAGCAGGUACAAGAACAAGUACAGGUCCCUCAUGUUCAACCUGAAGGACCCCAAAAACAAAGGCUUGUUCUACAGGGUGGUGGGUGGGGAGGUGAGUCCCUUCAGACUGGUGAGACUAAGUGCGGAAGAGCUGCUCUCCAAAGAGAUAUCCGAGUGGAAGAAGCCAGACGCCGCAGAGGCCCAGUCUCCUGGUGCGAGGGCCCAUUCGGGGCAUUCCAAGAGCAGCAGCAGGCACGACGCAAGCUCACACAGCCUGGAUAUGGAGGACGCUCCGCCCACGUCUGAUACAGAUGUAUGUAUCUCUGCCACCACUUCUUCUCGCAUGGCUUCCGCUGCAGACCAGGAUGAGUCUUGCGUCCCUCCUUCAGCUCCGGCUCAGCCCUCCGCUGCGGAGGGGAGCAGCGGCAUGCUGGAUAUUUUCGGUACCAUGCUCAAAGACACCACUUCUCAACACAGGACUCACCUAUUCGACCUCAACUGUAAAAUAUGCACAGGUCAGAAGUCCGAAGAUGAGCCCGCAGCUAAGAAAGCCAAACUGAACAAGAAGCCUGAAGCUCGGCCCGCCAGACAAGAGCAGCAUUUGUCAAAGUCUGGAGACGUCUCUCCUGCCGGCCACUCACAGGUCACCCCGGGUCACCAGCACCAAGACCCCUCAGCCUACCCAAACCCUCCAUCCUACCCGACUAACAUGGAGCCGGCUGUCCCCGAAUCGCUGCAGCAGCAGCUGGACCUCAGUUUGCUGGCGCCCCUGGCCCAGGCCCCCACACCCAUCAACCCCACCGUGUCCUCCGUCAGCAUCACCCGCAGAGACCCCCGCAUGGCGAGGCACAGCGCCGCUGUAACGGUCAGCUACCCGGCUCCAGAAAAAGCCAUCAACAACUCUGCAGAACCCCUCCCAGCUCCCAUCAGUGCCCUGGGGGAAGUGGCACCCAAGGCGCCGCUGCCAAUGCCCCCAGCACCACCAUCGUCGGUAGCGCCAUCCAAAACGGCAAAAACAAGUACAUCUGCGCCUCCUCCUGAUGGUGAGACGGCCAUCUUCCUCCACGGUCAAGAGAAGAUUUGGAAAGGGUUAAUCCACAUGCCGUCCGUGGCCAAGUUUGUGACCAAGGCUUACCUGGUGUCGGGAUCCUUCGAGCACCUGAAGGAGGAUUUGCCAGACAUCAUUCAUGUUGGAGGACGGAUAUUGCCGAGCAUGGUGUGGGAUUACGUCGGGAAGCUCAAAACCUCGCUCUCCAAGGAACUGUGUCUGAUCCGUUUCCACCCAGCCACCGAGGAGGAGGAGGUGGCGUAUGUCUCUCUGUUCUCUUACUUUAGCAGCAGGAAACGAUUCGGUGUGGUGGCGAACAACAACCGUCGUAUCAAAGACCUCUAUCUCAUCCCACUGAGCUCAAAGGACCCCUUACCCUCCAAACUCUUACCGUUUGAUGGGCCAGGGCUCGAACCCGCUCGUCCCAACCUCCUCUUGGGGCUGCUGAUCUGCCAGAAGGACAGGAAGCGUGCCGGCGCUCCAUUGGAAACGGAGGAAAAACGCUUCAAGGCUCAAACCAAAGAUGCAGAUGACGCUGGCCUCCCAAGGCCAUCUCCUCCAGUCAGAACAGAAAGAAGCUCACGGCAGAGUCUUGAAAUCCCCUUCAGCACAACUCCUCCAGGGUCACCUCCACUUAACCCGUCUGAGACCUCAAGCAGCAGUGUGGCCACCUCCUCCAUCUUUUCUUUUCUGUCCUCUGUCAAAGCUACGAGCACAACCGCCGGCAGGGACUCCCCAUCCUCAUCCAGCUCUAUUGCUUCCUCUGCAGCAACUACUACUCCUCUUCAGACCAUUCUCAAAACUCUCUUUGGGAAGAAAAAGCAUGACUCUGAAGCGUCCAACUCUCCGUCUGAUCAGGCUGGUGAACUCUCUGUCCAGACCUCUACAAUGCUAGACCCUAUCGUGCAGCAGUUUGCACAUAUUUCUAAAGAGAAACAAGUGCAGGAGGACGAAGAUGACAGACCGUAUGAUCCAGAAGAGGAAUAUGACCCCAGUCGAGGCUACAGUGUGCCUAAGAAACCUGUUGAGGUAGUAAGCACGCCUGAAAUCUCUAAACAGUCCGAUACGGUUACAAAUGAAGUUGAUGAUGUGGCGUAUGACCCAGAGGAUGACUCGAUAUUUGAAGAUGUCAAACCUGUCGUACCAAGUAAAGUUAAGGUUGCAACUGAAUUGAUAGCUGAUCCACAAAAGAUCUUAGAGAGCCUCAAACAGAUCGGGGAGCAGGCAUUCCAGAAAAAGGCAGAACAGCCAAUGUCUUCUAUAGGGACACCUAGUGCCUCAUUGACACUUCCAGACGCACUCUUAACUCAAACUACCCAAGCUCUUUUGGCCAAUACUCAGCUCAUGCAGCUUGGCAAAAAGGUUGAGGAACUCGUGAAAUCUUCAUCAAUUUCUCCCUUGAUCAACCAGAAGAGAGAUCCCCGACAGAGCAGGGAUCCUCGCCAGGCGGCGUCCGGCCAGAAGCUGACCGACGAACCUGAGGAUCAAGAGGAGACGUCUGCUCCGUUGGUGGAUUCGACUCUUUUCUCACAAGCUGUGGUUCAAGAACCUCCGCUGUCUGAUGUUACUGAACUCCCAGACUCCUCACAAGGCCCGGAUACACCGCUGCCUCCCGAGGAAGUGAAGAGUGAGACGCUACCCUUCAUGCAGUCGGAUGAAUCGGAGGUAGCGAUUCCAUUAUUAGGAGAGGACGUGGAACCUGAUAUGGAUUUCAACUACAUGGAUGACACAGAAGUGAAAACUGUGGAAGCUGAGCCAAUCGAGACAGAAACCGAGCUGGACAUGUAUAGUAUUUGGCCAAAUGCUGCGAGUAUUUUAAAAGCUAAUGAGGACUCGGAUUAUGAGGAGAAUAGCCAAGAUGCAUCAAACAUGAGUUAUUACGAUGAGCCUACCAACACCUCCACAAUACCGUUGACAAUCCCAGUACUCACUCAAAGCACAACAAUGGUUGACACUUCCAAAUCGCUUGAGCCUUAUCACAUGCCGCGUCACAUGUCAGCGUCAGGCUAUGACAGCGAGUAUAGACCUCCAGCUGACCUUCCCCAAAUAUCCAACUUCCCCCCGCCCCAUCCGAUGCAGGGACAGAACCUGACAGCAAGGCCUCUUCCGAUGUCUAUGCCUCCACCCAUGCAAGGUCUUCCUCCAAUGUCGGGCCCCCCUCACAUGCAGGGACCCCCUCCACCCAUGCAUGUUCCUCCCCUUGUACGUGGUCCUCUCCCCAUGCAGGUUGACAACAGCCAGCAAUAUGGACCGCCUCCGACUGCAUACCGCCCUCCCUAUCAGAAUCAGUGGCCAGGCUCCCAACCACCGCAGCAGCAGCAGCAGCAGCAGCAGCCUCCUCUUUCUGGCCCACCUCCUCAGAAUAUCAUGCCACUCAGAGGACCACCACCAUUCCCUCCAAUGGCACAGAGAGGUCCUGCUCCUCAAAUGUUUAAUCCCUCCAUUCCCCCACAGCACAUUGGACAGCAAGGCCUCCCCCCAGGCCUUCCCCCACCUCCUUCUUUUGAUGGACAGAACAGUUUACCUCCACCAAGAUUCACUGGUCCUCCACCACCAUUUAAUUUCCCUGCAAACAGAGGUCCUCCUCCACCUUUCACGGGGCCACCUCCCAGUCACUUUGAAAACAGGCUCCCUCCUCCGUCCCACUUCCCAGGGCCCAGGGGUCCUCCGCCUUCUCAGUAUGGGGACCAUGGGGCUCAACCCCCGAUUGUAGACCAACCUAGAGGCCCUGCAGAGCACUACAACAGAGACCAUUCUAACUCUUUCAAGCUAAGUGUGGACCAGAAUCCAAACCCUCUCCAUAUUUUUAAAGACAAUCAUGGUCCCCCGCCAGGUCCAGCAUACCGAGGACCUCCACCUAACCAGUAUGAGGACAGAAGAGGCCCACCUUCCAGCAGCGAGAUGAGCGGACAGCACUUCAAUCCACAUAACCAGUAUGAAAGCUCCAGACCACUUGCCUCACCACCACAUCGAGGAUCGUUUGAUGAGCACCGAGGUCCUCUCCCUCAGGAGAAUAGACCCCACCCAUCUCAGUGUUUUGGAGGAUCUGAGCGGUACCGCUUAGAUAGGCACUCUGAUGAGGCUAGACCUGUUCGCCACAGUGGGCCACUACUGCCAACUCCUCCAGAGGCGCCCAUAGGUCCCCCAAGUCGCAUGGCAGCUCACAGUCCUGAUAUGCUCCGGGACGACCCCUGGCGCCGCCACUCUCCCGAAAUGAGGAGGAGGAGCAGCACCGCCCGAGAGGAAUCUGACCCACGCAUCGGAGAUCGCUUCAGUCACUUUGAAGGAGGGCACAGAGACCUUGCUCCUGGUCCUUCACAACCCUCUGAAGAGAGACAGCGGGAGCUGUCUGAGGACUGCCGGAGGGAAAGAGAGCGGGAAGUCCCCCACGAUGGAAGGCCAUCGUGGGACAGAGGACCGGGCAAGCGGUGGAGCAGAGAGCGAGAGUGGGAUAGAGCCAGAGAAAGGGAACGUGAUCCGGAGCGAAUCCGAGAAAGAGACCGCGAUCCGGAGCGAGUCCGAGAAAGAGACCGCGAUCCGGAGCGUGUCCGAGAAAGAGACCGCGAUCCGGAGCGCAGCCGAGAAAAAGACCGCGAUCCGGAGCGUCCUCGAGAAAGAGACCGCGAUCCGGAGCGUCCUCGAGAAAGAGAACGCGAACCGGAGCGUCCUCGAGAACGUGAUCCGGAGCGUCCUCGAGAACGUGAUCCGGAGCGUCCUCGAGAAAGAGAACGUGAUCCGGAGCGUCCUCGAGAAAGAGAUCACGACUCGGAGCGUCCUCAAGAAAGAGAUCACAAUUUGGAGCGUAGCCGGGAGAGAGACCGCAAUCCAGCGCGCGUCCGAGAAAGGGACCGCGAUCCGGAGCGCACUCGAGAAAGAGAUCCCGAUCCAGAGCGCACUCGAGAAAGAGAUCCCGAUCCAGAGCGCAUUCGAGAAAGAGACCGCGAUCCGGAGCGCACUCGAGAAAGGGAUCCGGAGCGCACUCGAGGAAGAGAUCCCGAUCGCACUCGAGGAAGAGAUCCCGAUUCGGAGCGCACUCGAGAAAGAGAUCCCGAUCCGGAGCGCACUCGAGGAAGAGAUCCCGAUCCGGAGCGCACUCGAGAAAGAGAUCCCGAUCCGGAGCGCACUCGAGCAAGAGAUCCCGAUCCGGAGCACACUCGAGCAAGUGAUCCCGAUCCGGAGCACACUCGAGCAAGAGAUCCCGAUCCGGAGCGCACUCGAGAAAGAGAUCCCGAUCCGGAGCGCACUCGAGAAAGAGAUCCCGAUCCGGAGCGCACUCGAGGAAGAGAUCCCGAUCCGGAGCGCACUCGAGGAAGAGAUCCCGAUCCGGAGCGUGUCCGAGAGAAAGAACGUGAUCCGGAGCGUGUCCGAGAGAAAGACCGCGAUCCGGAGCGUACUCGAGGAAGAGAUCCCGAUCCGGAGCGGGUCCGGGAGAAAGACCGCGAUCCGGAGCGGGUCCGGGAGAGAGACCGCAGCAGAGCGAAGGAGGGCGAGAGGCACAGGGAGACGCAGGGAGAGCGCCAUCGGGAUCAAGACACGGAUAAGAGGAGAGACCGAGCCCGGGAUUCUGACAGGAGGGAUUCAGACCGUGAUAAAGGGAGAAACCGGGAUCGAGAACGCGAUCGAGACCGGAGACGGGACAGAUCCCGAAGCCGGGACCGGGACCGUGGCAAAGACCGGGGCAAAGACCGGGAGAAGGACAGAGACAAGGACAAGGACAAAGACCGAGAUCGUCGGGACAGGAGCAGAAGCAGAGAAAAGAGAGAGGAGAAAAAAGACAGUAAAAAUGACACAACCAGGAAGGGAGAGAAAAGUGCAGAAAAUGACAAGAACAUUUCCUAGUGCCUGUUUUAUUGACACUUGACGGCUUUGAGACACUUCAAUCCAUCGCCGGUUGAAAUCCAGUUGUAUCACUGUAAAUGUAAAUGAGCAGUAUUUCGUUAUAUUUCCACACUUGUGUUCGUUCUAGAAGAAAAAAAAAAUGGUUUGACAAUGUUUGUAUUCUUUUUGUCACGAAAAGGUUUCUAACUUUCUUUCUUUUUUAUCACAUUUGAAAAGAAGAAGAAGAAGACGAGGGUCGUCUAAGUUGCUCGUUUACAAGAUGUAUUGAGUAGGUUACCGAAUCCUAUCACACGUACCGUUCUCCUGUCCAAGCGAGGUUUUUUUUUUAAAGAAAAAAUAAUGUAACUGAGUAACACACCAUUUGCAAUAUGUAAAUAUGAAUGUAUUUGUGUAUAUACUGAUGAUUUUAAUCAUACUUUUCUAAGUAGAGAAAAAUAAAAGCCAUAUAUCUGAGAUGGAUAAUGUGAAGGUUAAGGAAACACUGUUGACACACACACACACACGUGAGUUUAUAUGUCCGGCAGCAUUGAACUUAAAGGCUCCAACUAUCUACAGUAUACAUCCCAUCUAUGGUUGUUCAUGACGUGUCCUGAUUUUUGUUUGAGCUCGACCAAUUAAACCCGGUUUAUGAAA